CGGGACACGGGCGCACGCAGCACGCAGGCACACCAGAACGUACACCGGAUUUAGUGAGCGGCAACAAACAAAACUGCGCUCCUCCCUUCCCCAAAACACACAUUGCGCAUACGACGUGUGGCCCGUAGCCGUGUGGCACAAAUAAAUAGUUCACAUUUGUUUUGCUGCCGAUUCUUUUUUUGUGUUUGUUUGUUUGUUUGGCGAUUGUUGUUGUUGCUGCCGCCGGAUUUUGUUUGUUUUUUCUGUGUGAUUUUUUUUUUAAACAGUGCCUAGUGUCAGUCAGUGCGUUCGCUACUCGCUCGUUCGAUUGUUUGUUCAUUUUAAAUGCGAGCUUGGUGUUUUUUAAAGCGACUGCGGGAGUGAUUUCCUUUCCUUCCGCCUAUCAGCAACUCCUAGAUAUUGCGAAUUUUCUGUUUUCGGUUGACAUGUAGCUGGGAUUCUGGGCGUGUGUGUGUGUGUGUGUGCGUGUGUGUGCAGUUCGGGCUGUGCUUGGGUGUGUGUAUGUGUGCCGGGGCAAAGGGGCAAGGAUCCGGAAUCGGUAUCGUAAUGCAAAGACGGCGAUAUGGCACUACAAGGCUGGCGCUUUUUCGGUGUCUCGGCAACCAUCAUCAUCUACAUCGGCGGCGUGCUCUUCCUCUCCAUGAACAACAUACCGGGAUCGCAUCCAAAGAGACCGCGCAUCGAACGUUUCGCCGAGUUUCCCAGCUUUCAUAGUCCUCGGUUUCCGAUGCCCAGCCGCAAGAUGACGAUACGCUGGUGUCGUGACCUUAAGUACAUAAAUCGAGAUCUUCCAAUCUACGCGGACUACAAGGCCGACUUCUACACGGCCCUGCCCAGCGAUGUCAGUGCCGCCCUACAGUCCCUGCCAGCAUUGACUGCUCUAGCCAGCUUUCCUGGCAGCGGCAACACGUGGCUACGCUAUCUCCUCCAGCAGUCCACCGGCAUUCUAACGGGCAGCAUCUACAAGGAUUAUGGCCUGUUAAAGACCGGCUUUCCGGCGGAAAAUGUCUGCAACAGUUCAGUAUUAUUGGUGAAGACCCACGAGUGGGGCAGCAAGGCGUGGGCACCGUUCUCAAAAGCAAUACUCCUCGUCCGAGAUCCGGAAAAGGCGAUUAUCGCCGAGUUCAAUCGCCAGAGUGGCGGUCACAUUGGAUUUGCAUCACCAGAUCGUUAUAAGCGCACCAAGGGGAAAUAUUGGCAGCAAUUCGUGAGCAACAAGCUCAAGGGCUGGGAGAUGAUGAACCUCAGUUGGGCUCGCAACUUCACGGGCAGCAUCAAGGUGGUUUUCUACGACGACUUGGUUCACCAUACAGAAAGGGAACUCCGUUCCAUCCUGGAGUUCUUGCAGUUCCCCGUCAACGAGCAGCUGAUGCGUUGUGCCAUCAUGCGAAAGGAGGGCAUCUUCCGGCGUAAGAAGCGUCUGUUAUCCUUCGAUCCGUAUACGGAAACUAUGAGGGCUGAAGUACAGAGUCGACGGCGCAUUGUCUACGGUUUACUAGGACGCCAAGAACCCUAAAAGAUAUAUAUAUAUAUAUGAGUAUCUAUAAGAACUUUGAGGCAACGAGAGGGGAAAAUCGAAUUCGUACCACCAAGAAAAAACAACUCACAAUUGCAACGAUGCACAAGGCAAACCGGAAUUGCAAUCGAGAAAUCGAGAAAGAAAUCGAGGAACCCACAGCUCAUCACGAUAUGUAGGACCAUAGAUCUCACUGGGAGUCUGCAAAUAGUUUGUAGUUUAAAUGAUACACCCAAUCCUUCACCCCCCCUUACUGUUUUUCCCAAUUCAAAAAAAAAACCAAUCGUUUGCUGCUCGCUUGGCGCAUUAGUUCAAAUUUUGUUUGUGUUUAAACUUAGGUAUGAGAUAUAUAUGUAUAUUAAUUCAAUAUUAUAGACGCAUAACUUUAGGUUGAUAUAUGGUAUAUAUAUGUACGUACGAAAAAUUUGGUAUAGGCUAUAUACAACAAGGUAUUAUGAUUCCUGAACGAAUUUAUGAAAUUCAUUAUAGGCCAUGUUGUGCUUCAUCGCUCACCCAACACGAACACAAAACACGAAUACAAACUCAAACUCAACUAAACUCGACUCAUCCGCCACUUAUCCUUUGGUCACGUUGAGAUCCCAUAUUAGACUAUCCUUGUAAAAAGUUUUAUACACGACUCUACAGUAACUUGUGAGAUAUUAACAAUGGAAUGUAUUAGAUAAUUGUACAAAAAAAAAAACAAAAAAAAAAAAAAAGAAAAACAAACGAAAAACAAAAAUCGAAUGAGAAACAAUGAAGUGAAUUUAAAAAGAUAACUCUGU